AUGGCCGCGGUCGUGCGCGACCAGAUCACCAAGGAGAUGACGCUCAAUUGCGGCGCGCUUGUGCUGGCCGACAUGGGCAUUUGCAGCAUCGACGAGUUUGAUGAGAUCACACCCUGCCCCAAGAAAACCCGAGGUUUGGGGCAGGACAGGCAGUGA